AUGCAAUCGCGACUCGCCCGACGGGCCACUAACCUGGCCAGAAUCUCCAGAUCCAAGUAUUCUCUUGGUCUGCGAUAUGUUUCCAACACAAAAGCCCCUGCUGCCCAGCCGGCAACUGCUGAACGAUCCCAGCCCGCUCCCCACUUCCAGGGCACCGUUGGCAAGCCUCCUAUCCUCAAGAAGGCUGAGGCUGCCAACGCUGACAUGGACGAGUCCUUCAUCGGAAUGUCUGGAGGAGAGAUCUUCCACGAGAUGAUGCUGCGACACAACGUCGACACUGUCUUCGGUUACCCCGGUGGAGCCAUUCUCCCCGUCUUUGACGCCAUUCACAACUCUGAGUACUUCAACUUUGUGCUCCCUCGACACGAGCAGGGUGCCGGCCACAUGGCCGAGGGCUACGCUCGAGCCUCUGGUAAGCCCGGUGUCGUUCUCGUCACCUCUGGCCCCGGUGCCACCAACGUCAUCACCCCCAUGCAGGACGCUCUUUCCGAUGGUACCCCCAUGGUUGUCUUCACCGGUCAGGUCCUGACCUCCGUUAUCGGCACUGACGCCUUCCAGGAGGCCGAUGUUGUCGGCAUCUCCCGAUCUUGCACCAAGUGGAACGUCAUGGUCAAGAACGUUGCUGAGCUCCCCCGACGAAUCAACGAGGCCUUUGAGAUUGCUACUUCCGGCCGACCCGGUCCCGUUCUCGUCGAUCUGCCCAAGGAUGUUACUGCUGCCAUCCUGCGAGAGCCCAUCCCCACCAAGUCCACCAUUCCCUCGCAUUCUCUGACCAACCUCACCUCUGCCGCCGCCACCGAGUUCCAGAAGCAGGCUAUCCAGCGAGCCGCCAACCUCAUCAACCAGUCCAAGAAGCCCGUCCUUUACGUCGGACAGGGUAUCCUUGGCUCCGAGGAGGGUCCUAAGCUGCUUAAGGAGCUGGCUGAGAAGGCCGAGAUUCCCGUCACCACUACUCUGCAGGGUCUUGGUGCCUUUGACGAGCGAGACCCCAAGUCUCUGCACAUGCUCGGUAUGCACGGUUCCGGCUACGCCAACAUGGCCAUGCAGAACGCUGACUGUAUCAUUGCUCUCGGCGCCCGAUUUGAUGACCGAGUUACCGGCUCCAUCCCCAAGUUUGCCCCCGAGGCUCGAGCCGCUGCCCUUGAGGGUCGAGGUGGUAUUGUUCACUUUGAGAUCCAGGCCAAGAACAUCAACAAGGUUGUUCAGGCCACCGAAGCCGUUGAGGGAGACGUUACCGAGUCUGUCCGACAGCUCAUCCCCCUCAUCAACAAGGUCUCUGCCGCUGAGCGAGCUCCCUGGACUGAGACUAUCCAGUCCUGGAAGCAGCAGUUCCCCUUCCUCUUCGAGGCUGAAGGUGAGGAUGGUGUUAUCAAGCCCCAGUCCGUCAUUGCUCUGCUCUCUGACCUGACAGAGAACAACAAGGACAAGACCAUCAUCACCACCGGUGUUGGUCAGCAUCAGAUGUGGACUGCCCAGCAUUUCCGAUGGCGACACCCUCGAACCAUGAUCACUUCUGGUGGUCUUGGAACUAUGGGUUACGGCCUGCCCGCCGCUAUCGGCGCCAAGGUUGCCCGACCUGACUGCGACGUCAUUGACAUCGAUGGUGACGCUUCUUUCAACAUGACUCUGACCGAGCUGUCCACCGCCGUUCAGUUCAACAUUGGCGUCAAGGCUAUUGUCCUCAACAACGAGGAACAGGGUAUGGUCACCCAGUGGCAGUCUCUCUUCUACGAGAACCGAUACUGCCACACUCAUCAGAAGAACCCCGACUUCAUGAAGCUGGCCGAGUCCAUGGGCAUGAAGGGUAUCCGAAUCACUCACAUUGACCAGCUGGAGGCCGGUCUCAAGGAGAUGCUCGCAUACAAGGGCCCUGUGCUCGUUGAGGUUGUUGUCGACAAGAAGAUCCCCGUUCUUCCCAUGGUUCCCGCUGGUAAGGCUUUGCAUGAGUUCCUUGUCUACGACGCUGACGCCGAGGCUGCUUCUCGACCCGAUCGACUGAAGAAUGCCCCCGCCCCUCACGUCCACCAGACCACCUUUGAGAACUAA